AACAAUGGUCAUAAAGUAUGAAAUAGAAGACGAUUCUAGUCAUGUUACAGCUGACGUAAUUAUAUUAGGAUGUAGUCUCCCAGGUAUAGUGACAGCUCAUAAACUCAAGAAAAAAUUUGGCAAUACAAUGGACAUCGUGGUUCUUGAUUUAGCUGGGGAAAAGCCAGGAGGGUCGAAAUGUAAUGUAGCUUUUCAGGGUGAGGACGAUGAAGAAAGCAAAGAAACAUAUGACGAAGGCACUGCGAAAGAGGUAAUCGAUAAUGUAGCGAGGCAUUAUCUUAAUAUGCUGGCAAAAGACUUCAAUAUACCCCUACCUGAUGCUAUCAUAGCACCAGAAAAAGUAAGAACACCUUUAAAUAAAUUAUUCGAAUACAAGAACGGAAUGACAGCGGCAUGUUUGCGAGACUUUCAUGAUUUCGAAUACCUUAACGUUUUGGAAAAAUUUGAAUUAAAUCAAUACCAAACGUUGCUUGAUGAAAAUAUGAAAGGGUUAUUUCAAGCCAAUAAAUUUGAUGAUGCCUCUGAGAGAUAUCGACUAUUGUAUUACGAUCAGACAACAAUGGAGAAACAUAUUUGUGGUGCGUUACUCUUUCCUAAUUCAAGAGACAUAAUGAGGACCACAGUGAGGCUUGUUUGCGGUGCAUCUGCGAAAACUGUAUCUGUACUAUUUUACUUGCAUCAGUGUUACAGAAGCAGCAGUUCGAGAAAUCAUUUGGAUGGCAACAACACUAAGUUUCGAGAAAAACUCCUCGGUUAUUGCAGAAAACGCUUAGCGAGCAAGUUGCAGAAAAGUAUCGCAAAUAUCACCCACUCAGCGAAGACUAUAAAAAAGAUAAGUUCAUAUGCAGAUGAACAAGUUAUUUUAAAAACUAUAAAAGGGGAUACCAAAUACGUAUGCAGCUUACUCGCCAUGGCGUUAAAGCCCGAUGAGCUUAGAAAUUUCGAGUUUGAAGCACAUCUACUUACGGAUAGAGAAAUUGCUAUCAUUACAUCUAUGAUUAAAGGCAAAACGAAGAAAUUCCUGGUGCAAUAUGAAGAACAUUUUUGGAGACGUGAAGGUUACAGUGGUGAUAUAUUAAGUAUAAAGGGCCCGAUAAUUUGGGCCACAGAACGUCCAAAAAUAUCAUCAACUGGUAGUAUGGAGCGAUAUGCAGCAUUAAUAGGAUAUUUGAGAGUUAAAGACGAUGAUGAUAACCUCCGAGAUGGAGUUUUGAGUCAACUUGUAGGUCUCUUUGGAGAAGAAGCUGCGGACCCUAUUAGCUACAAAGAGUCAGAUAUUUCUGACGUCUAUGUACCAUGUUGCGGAGAUUUCAUCGCUUUACGACGGCUAACUUUAAGAACUGUGCCUAAAUAUCUUGAAUGGGGUGCUUUAGAUAUAUUUGCAGAUGGGGACGUUGCAUCCGCUUUAGAAGCAGGCCAUGUUGCAUAUCUUCAUUUGAUGAGUUACCUUCGUCCGCAAGCUCAAACAUACGAAGAUGUUAGCACAGCUGAAUGGCCAACGAUUAUAAACGACAAUCCCUUUCAAGAGUGGCUUGCUCAAUUAACACUCACGACAGGUGUGCGUCUUAUGGUAUACACAGCGAUCACUUAUAUAGGCAUACGACUAGUCCAGUCUUAUACGCGGAAGUAAGAGAAAUCACAUAAAUUCAGAUUAUGUUUCUGGUCUCGUUGAUAGGAGAAAAUAUUGGUUCGAUGUAAAAAAAUAUUAAAUGAUAAUGAUUCAGAAUUUUUAGUGAUAUUAUCUUUUGA